AAAUAAUGUAAUAAGAUACAAAUACAACAUUUGAAAUAUAAGACCCUAAUUAGUAAUACUAAGCACCUAUUUAAGUAGAGACACAAUAAGGUAUAUUUAAUGAUCUAAUGAAAAAGUUGUAUAUACAUAGCCUAUGAAUGCUGAUUAAGCACAAUAUCCUCCUCUUCCUCUACAACCAUAAUAAAAUUUUGUUGUUUAAGGGACUCCUUGUAAAAAAUGAUUAUUCUACCUUUUUAGAUUAAGUUGGUGCUCCUCCUGGUUAAUAAGAGUUGAUAAUAGUAAAUUCUUAAGGCAUAAAUUCAGCAUAAUCAUAGAUGCUAUGUAAUCAAUCAAGAUUUCCAAUUUUAAUCACUUGCCCUUAUUGUUAAAAAUAAGGAACAACUAGAAUUGAAUAUGCCACAGGUUCAGGUACUUGGUGUUGUUGUUUCAUACUUUUUUUAUUUUAUUGCAUUCUUUGUUGGGUUCCAUUUGUAAGUGAUAAAUGUUAAGAUUCAAAUCAUAUGUGUUCAAAUUGUGGUGCACUUGUUGGUUCAUGUUCAUAUAAAGUUUGUGGUUGAUAUCAUAUUUAUCAUAUUUGUAUCGAUUUAGAUCUAUUCAAAC